AAACUUCCCUUCCAACGAUUGGUGAGAGAAAUCGCUCAAAACUUCAAGACUGGUCUUCGAUUCCAGAACUCAACUGCCAUGGCUCUCCAAGAAGCCAGUGAGGCUUAUUUGGUCGGUCUUUUCGAAGAUACCAACUUGUGUGCCAUCCACACCAAGAGAGUGACCAUUAUGCCCAAGGACAUUCAAUUGGCCCGAAGAAUCCGAGGCGAACGUGCUUAA